AUGUUAAGGAUAUCAAGUGUCUUUAAUAUAAGUCUCUCAGCAGAGCAUGGCACAGCAUUUUCAUGUAUGUAUUAUAUAUACACUGCCAGAAAAAAAUCAGUAAACCUUGAAAGACAACCUCAGUUUAUAUCUGAUGAUGUCAUAAGUGUAGUGCCUCAAGAAUUUCAGUGUCUAUUUCUGCAGUCAAAAACUAACAGCAGUCCAGAAUUUAUUAAUUAUUUCAAAAAAUACAAGCUAGUUUUGAAACGCAUCAUAAAGGAGGCAAAAAUUAAGGAAAAUGACAAAUAUAUUAUGAAGUCAUCCAAUAAAACUAAGUCCAUGUGGAAAGCUGUGCAGAAUCUUACUGGGAAGAAGACAACUCACAAAAAUAUUGUGAUAUCACAUGAUCGCAAGAAUGUCACUGACCCUAGGGAAGUUGCAAAUAGUUUCAAUUCUUACUAUGCAACUGUUGCUGGGAAAUUAGUGAAGGAAAAAUUUGGAAAUCCACCUAACACAACAUGGAAAGUACUUUCAUCUAUUGAAAUAAAUAAUAUAUCCAUGUUCCUCAGUCCAGUAAGCCCAACAGAGCUCCUAAAUACCAUUAAUUCACUGAAGAGUAAGUAUUCAACUGGUAUUGAUGAUAUUCCAGAUUAUAUUAUAAAAAUAACAGCAAGACAAAUACUUUCACCUUUAUUGGACAUAUGCAAUUCAUCCUUAUCAUGUGGGUUUUUGAAAAUUAUUGAAAAAGUGUUCCUUUCAAAACUAAUUACAUUCUUCGACAAGAAUAAUAUUAUUUCUGGAUGUCAACAUGGCUUCAGACCACAGAGAUCAAUUGAAACUGCCACUCUCAAUCUGAUAAACCAUGUCUUAAAUGCAGUGGACAACCACAGAAAUAUCUCAGGUUUAUUCUUGGACACAACAAAAGCUUUUGAUGGAAUAAUGAAGAAAAUCUUACUGCAGCUGCAAAAGAUAUUACAAAAGGAGUGUCUGAAUGGUUUACCAGAAACAGCCUAA